GUGUACUGCAUACAUUACUGAUAACACUCCCAAGUUACGAAGUCUGCCUUCUGCCCAGCAGGAGCUUUGCAUUUCAGGGUCAGUCGUAAAGUUCGGCGUUGAAGUGAAGUGUGUGGCUGUGGCUUUCGAACCGGAAUAUGUGAUUUCGUGCGGGAACUGAUUCACGGAAGCGAUUGCCGUCGGUGAAAAAUUGUUUAUUCAAAAGUGGGAAAACCUUUGCACUGUUAUAUUAAAGCUGGCCGAGUGAGGAUACCGAUAUGAAGAAAAAUAGCUCAAGUCAACACCCGUCCGGAACUCGGAGCUUGAGUUAGUGAGUGAGUGAGUGAGUGUGCGAGUGAAUGAGUGACCGGAAAUAGAACACGAGAGAGCGAGAGAGUGGGAGAGUGCCGAGUACCUGCGAGUACCGGAGUGGUGUUACAGGUGGACUCACUGAAAAAACUAUCAAAACAAAACAGAAAAAUCAAAGCAAACAUUGUUCCACUGUACAUAGUUAAGCUUUCAACCAGUGACUUCAUAUGAAGAAGUUUUCUAGUUUCGAGCGACGCCGGCGAGAUAGGCAACCGAAAUACAUCUGUCAAAGUCGAAACAACACAAAUUUUAAGCCAAGUGCAGCCAAGUGAUCAGUGAGGUAGUUAAAGAAAAGAAGAAAAAUCAGUGUUAGUGUUAGUGUUAGAUUAGGUGUGAAAAAUUGAAGUAAAAAUAAAGUCCCGCAAGAGCCGCCGCAAGGGCAUCCCAUCGAAACAAGUGACCGAGAAAACCCUCGACGGCACGAUUGGUAAAACCAUACCAGAAACAGCGGUUGGUGCAGGCCUCGAGUAUCAGGAAAACAUCAUCGCUACUAGUGGUCACAUUACGAAAGGCAAUGGAGGCUGUCAACUGAGCUCAUCAUCCAGUAAGCCGAGGUUCCUCGAAAAACUAGUGCCGCACAAGAUGUCCUCGCCACCAACGGUGCCACUGUUUCCCGGCCGGUACCAAACACCGAACGGCUAUCCUCCGAUCAAUGGAGAAUCGGUCGAACCGCUCGACUUCCGCAAGGUCGAAUCGCUUCGCAGGAACAGCACUGACACAGGAACAAUGGACCAGCAGUACUGUCUACGCUGGAAUAACCAUCAGUCCAACCUGACAACGGUGCUCACAACCCUACUGCAAGAUGAGAAACUGUGUGAUGUCACGCUCGCCUGCGACAAAGGAAUUGUCAAAGCACAUCAGGCUAUAUUGUCGGCAUGCAGUCCGUAUUUCGAGCAGAUCUUCGUCGAGAACAAACACCCGCAUCCCAUCAUCUAUCUGCGUGACGUGGAGGUCAGCGAAAUGCGAGCCCUGCUCGACUUCAUGUACCAGGGCGAAGUGAAUGUUGGACAGCACAACCUGCAGAAUUUUCUCAAGACCGCGGAAAGUUUGAAGGUACGGGGGCUCACGGAAAGCAGUGCCGACAGGUAUCCGUCCGAGUCCGACAAAAGUAGAGCGGAGCGGACGCGAGUUGAUUCCCGUGAUGGCCGCGACUCUGUACCUCCGCCUAGUGUCACCAACAAUAACAACAACACCAUCAGCAGUAACAACAAUAAUACUCUCAUCCACCCAUCAAUGCGGGAAAAGGAACUGCGCGAACGGGAAGAACUUCGUGAUCGGGAACGACGGGAGGCACAACGGGAACUGCAAAGGGAGCGGGAACAUCAGGUGCGCGAACAGCAGCGCAGUGCCAGUGCUGAUCUGCUCACACCGAUCAGUGGCGAAGAUCGCGACUAUUCGCCCUCGGACGACCGAGAAUUGACAGUAGACAGUAAGAAAAAACGUAAAAUGUCCAGCAUCUGUGAUAAUUCUUUGCCCUCGACACCGGGUCUGAUCACCGAUCGGCAAGGCGGAUAUGAAUCGCAGGCAUCAUCACAAAGUAGUUUCAAGCUAAGUCCAAAGCCAGACGAUGAGUUCAAGGGCACUUCACCGGCUCCAGUGCAUUCGCUCACCGGUCAUUCGAUAAUUCAGUCUAGUAUUAAGCAGGAAUUGCCCGAACUACCCGGUCGCCAUCAUUCGCUACCUCCUGAGUUACUACCGCCCCUCAAGAUGCCAAUGUAUCCGGAGGAGAUGUCCAGCUUGUUGACACCCUCCAGUCCGGGAAAUGAUCACCCACCACCACCACCGCACUCGUCACACCCGCAUCUGAACCAUAUUCGUUACAAGUCGAAACAUCCCAUGCCAAUGAACCUAAACCCGGAGGAAAUGAGCAACAUGUUAGCGCAGGGUAACUUACCCCCGCUGAGCGAAUCAGGCGACGGCGAAAGCCACCUCUCUCAUCCAGAUCACCCGGAUAAUAUCGAUGGUUCGAAGGCCUGGCAUAUGCGGCUGACCUUUGAACGUCUAUCUGGUGGCUGUAAUCUGCAUCGCUGCAAACUGUGCGGUAAAGUGGUGACGCACAUACGCAACCACUAUCACGUGCACUUUCCGGGCCGAUUCGAGUGUCCGCUGUGCCGGGCGACAUACACCAGAAGUGACAACCUGCGUACACACUGCAAGUUUAAGCAUCCGAUGUUCAAUCCGGACACGCGAAAAUUUGAUAACAUGAUGUCUCCAGCAAUGGCGUCGCAGGCUGCCGCAGCGGCUGCUGCGAUCUCGGCGGCUGCGGCAGCGGCCAACAGUUUCAAGUCAGACUUUUCGGCAGCAGCCGCCGUGGCGAAUAGUUUCAAAUCUGAGCUGAACGCAGCAGCUGCUGCAGCGGCGGCGAAUGCAAACUACGGGCUGAAUCCAUUCAAAGCCGAUUUCCCCAUUCCGAAUGCAACGGCUGCGGCGGCCGUAGCGGCUGCAGCAGCUGCAUCUGCCGCGUCCUCGUCUCCCGGUCUGAACUCACAAAGUGGAACAUCCGACUGAUAUAGAAAACAUUGGCCGCCUACCUACGGCCAAUCUCACACUAGCAGAGGCAGUAGUGCCGAGUAUGGCUACUACCAACAGCAUCAGCAGUAUCCAUCACAACAGUACAGUAGACGUCACAGUAGUAAUAACAUCCAUUAUGCUAGUGUUAGCAGCGUAGAAAUAGAUAGUUCCUCUGCAGUAGUCACCAACCAAUAUACCGACAUGGUAGCAACAACCAAUGUACCUGUUAGUGAUCGAGCGGUUUCCGCACGAUCAUCCACCAUGCUGGCGGCUAGCAUUUCACCGUCUUAUUUGGAUAGUCUUCGCAGCGAAGAUAGCACCAGACUCAGCGGCAACUGGAAGAAUCUCGAGAACGGUCAUAGUCUCUACGGUAGACGUAGCAGUAGCGUUGGGAAUCUUUACACUAAUAGCAUUAGCAGCGGCGGCGGCGACGAUUUCUACGACCAUCGCGAAGACGACAACAGCCGUCGGAAGAAACGUUCAGCUGAUGGUCAUACCGAGGGCGGCUGUUCGACACCGAUGGUAGUUCGUUCUCGGCAAUCCGCUGCUUCCCCUCGUGGAACAGCGGUGGAACAGGAGGAGAUGCGAUAGCCUGCCAAACUGUCAAACGUAUCGGUCACGCAAAAGGCGAAUCGGAUUUAUGAGUUGUCUUUCUUUCGGGAAGAACAAUUGAUACAGCCACACUAAAUAUUACAUUUGUUAAUUUUUUAACAGAGGCCUUGCUUGUUUUGUAAUUUUACUUUAGUGUAUAUUUUCGUUUAUUUUUGUUGCAUUUAAAAGGAUUUUAUAUUCACACAAUUUAAAAAAAAACUAUAAUUUUUGUUAUCGUAGAUCAAAUUUUCUCAUCUAAAAAUUAUGAUAUCGUUUACCAGCAAGCUUAGUCGUUUUAAUUGUACCAAAUAUUGGUAAUUAUUUCGAAAAAAAGAUAUAUAUUACAACUGUGCCACAGGGUGUCGUUAGCCAAAUUCUGGGCUCAUUUAACGGAGUCAGAACAUUUUCCGAUAUGUGUGCUCAACAACCAUAAAAUAUUAUUCUACAACCGAUUAGCAGUGAUGCUAAUCAAACCGAAAGCCGCGUACGAUAUUGGACACAUGAUUUGUAUACAACUAUACUAGAACCAUUUACAAUAAUCGGAGUAAAACAUCCAACAGAACAUAUUAUCAGUAGUGAACCCACUUAGAAGCUGCCAACAUAGAACUAGCACUUAUUUUACUUUCAUUAGUUACAAGUAGUUUUCAAUAUAGUUUUGCGUUUACCUUCUUCGAUAUUGUUUGUCAGGCUAGGAAAACUAAUGAGGUAAUAGUUUGUAGACCUACACAACCGAAAACCAGCGUAUCGUAUCUUUAAACUACAAGCAAAUGUUCCAAAUAUCACAGAAUUAGGGUAGCCAUUCACAUAUUUUUAGUUAAAAAUCUUCACUCGUAUCUACCACUUUAUUGGAAGUUAACCGUACUCCCCAUCUUCAAUAUAUGAAACAAUCGUACCUCUAUUUAUUGAUUACUCGGACAACAAUGGCCACCGUAAAUCUUUACUUUGACCCUAAGAAACAACCUCGUAGCAAUAUGAGUUAGAAUCAAAAAUACUGAUUGACUCAAACUAAUGCUACUUUAAAGGAUUGGAUGAAAAAAAUCAAGGUACGGUUGCCGUUGUUAGUACUUAUAUGACAUACUCCACAUCGAUCGAAAUAUAUGGUUUUCUUCGAGCGUCCUACAAUUUUUUUCAAAUCUGUCCGUGCAAAGAAGGGUUUGUUCUGUGAUUUUUGUAUAUUGUUAAGGGUAAAUUCAACCGCAAAAACUGUCAGAAGUCUCCUGAGAAAAAUAAGAUUUCCAGUUAACCUCAUUUUUAAAAGAUUCUCUAAUUCCCAUGUAGACUGGCAACAAUUAUACACGAUUAUGAAAAACUUUUACUAGGAUAACUGGUAAAUGAGGGCACAAUUCUGGGAGCUUCCUUGAAAUAAAAAAUCAUCCUUUAUAAAAAUAGGAACCGAAUCGAAUGAUCUUGAAACACUGCUUGUCACAUUAGAGUCGUGUGAAAUUUUACGUAGUUGAAAUCGACAUCAAAUUUUAUUAUGGCUCUUUUAAUCUCAAUUUAAUUUCUAUUAUGUUUUAUCACGUGUUUCUGUCAAACAAUGUACAAACAGAAUUCGGCUCGAAACAUUGUUUAAUUUCCGUUUGAUCAGGCUCUGAAGUCGACAACUUGGAAGAUCGUUUAGUUAAGCAACAGCGAAAUCGUAAAUGAUAAUUUAUACUUAAUACUAAGCAUAUCAAAAUUCAAGUUAUUCGUUUCACUUCAACAAUUUAUUCCGGAAUUAUUAUUACGUAAUCUAAAUCAAUUUAUGACAAGUUUUUUUCAAACUAUAUAUUCCUUCUGGUUGACAUGAUCUUACUUGCUAUGAUCACGGGAACGGCAAAACCGUCUGGUGUAAGGGUCACUUUAAGCUAUAUUGCCAGUAUGCUUUGGUCUGUUUGUAAACUUUUGGAUCAGGUCAAUCAUUGACUAACGAUAGAAGUCGAGACUCUCGAAAACUGAAAAUUCUUGAUACAAUUCGUUUUUGAAUGUGACCUAUUAAAACAUUUUGCCAUGAAUACAUUUCUUCUUGCCAGAAGAGUGUUAAAGCUUACGAAUUGUUGUUUCAAUAUCAAAACAAAAAUCAUAGAAACGAACCUAAGUUUAAAUUGUAUCGGGAGGUUUUCGGAAAAUGUAGGUCUCAUGUUGAAAACGACGUAUUUUUUUAGCGAUGAUCGGAGUUACAUGUCUCAUGUUUUGGAACUAGGGAACUGUUUGGUAGGGACAGAAGAGUGCUACCUAACUUAUGUAUUCUUGAAACAUGGUUUGUUUGAAUUCCAACGCAAUUUAGUCUUCUGUAAAUGUAUCAGACUUAAAUCGAUCACUUUUAAAUCUCAUUUGCUAAUUGAUCCUGCACAAUUUAUCCUAUAUUGUGCUAGAAGUGCAUUUCUGUCUCUUAUCUAACAACAGUCUAUUUCACCAUAGUAAUUAGUAUAACUAAACCAGUAAGCAUUUAGACAACGUAGUUUUCCUUGGGUUCUUGUUUGCUACGAUAAACAAUUGGUCGGUCAUAUAUUUUGCACUGUAGACGUGGUAAACGCUUACAAGUAAGCUACAAACAGGGUAAAAAUAAUCAAGGUCAUAAAAGUAAUCACGGACAGCCAGAUCCGUCGAUACCAAUUGAUUUACGCUGUCGACAUUAGUGUAGUAGUUGGCAUAGAGAUUAGAGCAAUACAAUACAAGCUAGAGGAAUGCUAGAAUUUCAAAUUCACGGAAAGGUGGGCUGAAUGUCAGAAUUCCCUGCCACCCCCUGUCAUAACUAUGCAGUUAUUUGCACAAAAUUUAGGAAGAACUUCGCCGAACAGUUAGUAAACGAAAUGUUGCUCAACCGAUAUUUAACCGUUUUUGGAAAUUAGCAGUUUUCGAUAGAUUGUUUAUUGGUUGUGUUCAACAAGCGAGUAAACGGUGUCACAAUUUUUUGGAGUUACAUUUGUAUCCAGAGUCAGUAAACGAGUAACAACAAACAACCUCCAUCUGCAAUAUAAUUGACAUUGCAGCGCGGGCAUGCUAGAAUUUUAAGGAGUCAAAUGUUGCGACCAGCAAGUGUCACUGAUAGGGAACGUUAUACAGUUGUAAUAAUUUAUUCAUUAUUUAUAGUUACACGAGUAAUUCGAUUCUAGACAAAAAAAAUGCAGUGAACGUUAGUUUGUUUCGUUUCUAAAAAAAAUCACAGUUCGUUUAUAUUGCAAGCAGAAAGAGAAAGUUAAAGGUUUGACUCUAAGUUUAGCAGCUGAAUAACACAAGUAAAAUGCGUAAAGGUAAUAUAUUUAUAUUUAUAACAAAAGUGAAAAAAAAAAUAUGGAAAAGCAAAUAUUUAUAAAUAACAUAGAAAAAUAUUUACUACAAACUGAGCUGAGGUAAACAAAAUCAAAGAUGAAACAUAAAACUUUUUUGGCGUAUGAAAACAAUGUUUGUAAAUAGUCGUAUAAGGACUAUGUGAAGUACACUAGCUAAAUAUAUUAAUAUGAAAUACAUUCUACUGCCGCCAGAAUAAGCGAAACUAAACAAAACAAAACAAAUAUACAGCGGAACCAUUCCCAUAGUUGUUGACCGUAUAACAGAAACGAAACCAGUCAAGAAAGGCCAGAUAAGACGAAAUAAAAGAAGGCAUUUACAGAGCUGCAUACUCAACUAGACGUAACUUGACACGCUCACGCAAGCAUUCAGUCGUUAAGGAUUAACAUGUAAACAGUAGGUGUAUAGCAGACAACCUGAUUAUUUUUACUAACAACGUGCAAUAUGAUAUAAUUACCAAUUUUAGCUUCAUUUUAAAAAGCGUCAGCAUUGUGUUACACGUAAUUGUUAAGUUUGUUUAAGUUUUUUUCUCUAGUUGUUCAAAAGACGCAACACUCUUAAUUUCUCUAACUUAUUAUCGACACGAAACAUGAGAAACCUAACUUUGUGUGAAUACUACCUCAUUUAAACGGCUGUCAAAUCGUACUAUUGUAAAUAAUUAUAUUCCUAUUAGGUUUAUACAAUGUUUGUUUUUCCUUUGUUCAAUUACUUCGUCAAAGAUCUGUUUUCUUUGAUUUUCUUUUAAAUGUUAGAAGUUUGUUAUCGUGUAUAGUCCUGCCACCUAUCGACAGAUAUGUGUACUUCCAUACGCUAAAAACAUACACACAUACACACUCCCGAAAUAUUUUUGUAGAGUAGAUAACAGUAAUAGAAACAAUAUCACCAUCAAGGUGGUGCGUGCACAGAGCUUGGCAGUAUAAUGUAUUUCAUUAUCACAUUUUUGAAAAAACGAUAAACAAAAACACGUAGCCACAUAAGUGAGAAUAAAUCAAAUAAAAUCAAUGUGCAACUUAUUGACAGGCGAGAGGCGAAUCUUGUUCCCCACUGCAGGCAGAAUAUAUGUAUGUGUUUUCUGCUGUAUGCCAACUUAGUCCGAGAGAUCACGAAUCUUCUUGAAAAGAUGACACCCACACAGACGAGAACUGCCAUCAGCGGGUUGGAAUUGGAUUGAUCGGGUACUACUUAAAUAUUAGUAGCAGUAAUGCGGUUUUUUUUCUAUCGUCACCACAGUUAUGUGAGGUUAUGUUUUUGACAAUAAAAUAGGACUGUUUAAGCCCUCGUACAGCAACUUGAUUCAAAAAUGUAAUUCCUAACCAGAGGUGCCAGGUAAAAAUUUCAAAUAUCUUCAGACAGGGUUGCAAAAAUCUAUAUAUCCUAACAAAAAAGUGCAGUCAGCAAGUAUGUCUUGCUGCCAGAAAUUUUUCUAUAAAGUAUGAUACGCUAAACUGACCUGACGAGCAAAAAAAAGUCGCCACAAUUUCACAAGUCUGCAGAUCUGGCAUCUCUGUUCCUAACAAAUGAAUACAAACUCAUACACGCUGACAAUGAAAUAGCAAACGUUUGGAAAUAUCAAAACAGUGACAACAACAAGCACAUUGUUGGUUUUAUUCAGAAUCACAUAAAAUAUUAACCCUACAGUUAUGCAUCUAUACCGUUUUUUUUUUCAAAUCAAUCGAAAAUCUGAGACUAAAUGUUUCAUACAUUCAAAAUCAAGUGUUGCGUUUGAAUCCAUAACGAUUAGAAUACAUUUCAAAUUGAUUUCGAAAUAGUGUAGCGACUUUCUACAGUCAAAGUGUGCAAAUUUAUAACAUCGUUAUUCUGAUAAUAAACUGUUUCAGCAGAAAAUUUUCUUUUCCUGACCUCAACAUUAUCCCACAUACCAAGUUUAGCAUGAAUUUUCAUUCAAAAUUUAAUAUAGAAUUCAGUAAGCAGACCUAAUUCCGGAUCAAAGUAGACUGUUGUGCAGCAUCCGAUUCUGAAUGUAAGAUUGCCUCCAGACGAUUGAUUCGGAGUCUGAGUGAGAAAUCGCGCACUGAAUUAACGCAACGUGUUUUCUUUUUUAUCACUUUCAGUACAAUUCUAAUGAACUUUAUAAUAGAAUGCUUAACCUUAAAAUGAUAUUAUCCACAUUUGGAUAGGUAGCAAAACGUUGCUAUUUACAAGUAACUAGUAAAAUGGCCUACCUUGUUUUGAAUCGGCCAACUCUCUAGAUUAAGUGCCCUGAAAUGGCGUACGUCACUGCUAAUCGGGUUGAACGUAAUAAAAAGAUGAUCAGUCGAGUUAAAAUUCAUGGCUCAGUUCGUCUGCUCGAAAAUAUUGAAAUGGAUGGCUUUUGUUGUUUUUGUUUUCAUUGUUUAUUAGUAAUUUCUAAAUUUCUUUUCCACUAGUGUCGAAAAAAUCAAAUACGAAUACAGCAAUUUAGUUUGGCACCAACAGAGCAAAUAAAAGCAAUAUCAAAUCAGAGUUCCAGAAUCAAAACAUUUGUUUUGGAAAACCCAGCUUAGUUUUAUCCCGGUUUUGCAUGCAGUUAUUUGCCCCGUUCUUGCAAGAAAAAAUAUGCUCUAUCCAGUUUAAGCAUUUAAGAAAUACAUAAACGAGUUUGCUAAACUAUGUGGCACUCAGCCGUUUAAAUAAUGUCAUGCUAAACAGUCAUAAAUGCUAAAUUAAAUAACUUUUUAAUAUUUUAAAAGAAUAGCAGAAAAUAUUAGCAUUUUUUAAUUAUAUUUUGUUAUAAACACAUAGAACAGACAUCCAAGUAAAGAUUUCAAUGUGUGUAUAGAAAAUUUAAUGGUUGUUUUAAAAAGCAAUCAUAAAGUAGCAAUUCUCCUGUAGAGUCGCUUCGAACAGCAGCUCAGCAGUCGCUUAUGGGUUCGAGCUUCCAAACAAUGAUAAAUAAUCAAUGCAAAGUCGUACGCAACUGAUUUUUUCACGGAUUUUCAUUUGUAUGCUUUACACAGUUUUUUUUUAAAGUUCGUACUAGCUUGUAUGUCUGUUCUCUGUGUUAUAAAAUUGUUACUGCUUGUUGGUCGGGUACUCACCUUCUUUUAAAAACGUUUCAUUCACUCUAAUACACACCUGACUGUUUUUGGUCAUUUUCAAAGAAAUGGCUUCGAAACACAUGAAGUGUUUAGGUUAAAGUUUUAUUUUUGGUGUACUGUUUUUCUAAAGAGUGAACUGAAUUGAUCAAGCUACAUUUUCUCUGGUUUAAUAAUUGAACACAUUUCGAGCAUAUGAAUGCUGAGAAAAUAGAACUCAAGUAAAUAACUUUGACAGCCAACAGAGACUAAGGCCACAGACUAACAGACAGGACACUCAAAUUAGAUUCUUCAAUCAUUUUAACGGUCAUUUCGAAUAUUCCUUUAUUCGGGACAGUACUCACAUGUGUCAUGAUGGCGCCACGUUACCUUAUCAAAAACAUCCUGUCUGUCAUCUAGACUGUGUUUAUUUUUUUCAUUUACCAACAGAGUUGCCAUUCAUACAGAAUUCAUACCUGUAAUGUAUUGAUUUGUAUACUUCCAUGCGAAUUUCAUGCAGGAUACAUAUUGCCAAAACUAAAUACAUAAUUGUGCCUACUUCUCAUCCUCUUACGCAAUACAAAAUCGAACCCGUUUUGUUACAAUAUUUACUUGCUUCUGGUCUGCCGUCACUUAAUUUCGGGUGAAAACUACCAACACAAUAAAUAAUAGUCUAGAUGAACAACGUUGAGUCAAAUAAAUGGUUACCUUAAAACAUCGCGAAAAAGUUAAAUAUAUUAUCAACGUAUUCCAAUAAUUUAUAGUGACGAUUCAUUUUCCAAUAUUUUGAUGAAAUCAGGCAUCCCUGCAAGCAGCUGAUCGGUGUUGACAAACGAGGGGAAACCAACUAGUAAAAAAAACUUUUACAUAACACAAGGGGUGUACAGAUAGUAAAUAGUUCGCGCAGUACAAUAUAGAUGGAACUAGUGCAUCACGAAAAAUUAUUUUCAUAAGAAUUUACUCAUACUGUCAUGUCUGUUAGUCUGUGCUAAGGCUGUGAACCAUUUCGCGGUUAAUUUUAACUUUUGGUUUAAAUCUGAUACUCGAACGGUUAUUUAUAAUUCAAAAAUAACCCUGCUUGAGAGCAUGGUUAUUUUUGACAGAUCGAUGAUUAUUUUCCGACACUGAAAACAAUCUUGCAAUGCAAAUUCUAAUUCUAAUUCUUUAGUUAAAAUUAUUUCCAGUGGCAAAUAAAUCCAAAAAACUUUCCGUCCGUCAAAUUUUGAAAUGGGCUGCAGUUUUAGUUAAAUUUAACUACUUGACACAAAAUAACCACUCAAGUGUCAAAUUUCAACCAAACGUUAAAAUUAACCGCGAAAUGGUUCACAGCCUAAGUUGAUCAUCUGAUAUGAUUUUCAAAGUACUGAGCGGAAAUAUAUAUGUAGACCAUGUUCGAUGUACGUUGCUACCAUGUCUGUGAGUUUUAGUGUGGCUAAAGCAAGAUCAGAGUGGCGAAAUGGUAGCGCGUAUGCACGGAAUGCAUAAGAACGCAGGUUCGAGUCCUGUCUCUGAGCGCAUCUUUUGCCAAAAAUUCAUCUUUUCUGUUAGUUUUUCUUUCACUUGGCUUCUCCAAUAUAUAUUUCCGCUCAGUCAUUGCAAAAACUGAACUUAGUCAUGGCGGCUUUACGUCAAACUAAAAAUUAAUAAAUUAUUAAAAAGUUGUUUAUUAAUUAAUUUAUUGAUAUUGAAAGUUAGCUGUGCAGGCUACAAUGAAUGACACGUGUCAAUUUUUACAUUUUACACCUACCCAGUUGGUAACCCAAAAAUACUAUGUCGCUUACUGCAUCAAAACCUUCACGAGAAAGACAAACAAGCGUCAUGAGCUUUUAUUUUUAAUACUCGUUGACCAACCAUUUUAGAAAACUAGAAUUUUGAAUGAUGAAAACUAAAACUCAUACUCACGAAAAUCUUGUCACAAAUUGCUGAUGAUAUUUUCGAUAGCAUGAUGAAAAAAAAGUUGUUGGGUUAAGUACAACAAGAGAUACUCACGAUUAAGUUCUACAUAUUCUUGUGCAGAAUAAAUUUUGAAAAGGUAAAGUAAAGACGGUCACGACAAAAACAGUGUUAUUGUAAGCAAAGAAUCGCAUCGCUUUUGUCUGUAAAUAUUCCGCUCAGACAAAACAAUGCGUAUUUAUGCAGUGUUUUUUAAAAUAAACUUCGAAAAAUCCUCAUGAAUAUAAAAUAUUAAUAUUCAUAUUGAGCUAAUAAAUGUGGUACUUUGCUCGUAUGGGUCAGUAUUUAAGCUGGCACUGCACCAGCUAAUACUCAAUGCAACCAUUCCAGAACGAUUCGGAAUUUAUUGAUCGCCAAUUCCACCGAUCCGCUAUCGCUAUUCUUGACUGCCAGACAUCAAACAAGAUUCGAUCCAAGUAGCACACAUGCACGCAACAAAAAGGGACGAAAGAGUAAAUUUGGAAUGCACGCCAC